AAGCUUGAUUUGCGUGACAAUAUGUUUGGUGUGGAAGCUGGAGUUGCUUUGAGUAAUGCAAUAUCUGUAUUUGCCAAUCUCACAGAAGUCUAUCUCAGUUAUUUGAAUCUGGAGGAUGAGGGGGCCAUAGCUCUUGCUAAUGCUCUCAAGGAGUCUGCUCCUUCACUUGAAGUUUUGGAGAUGGCUGGAAAUGACAUCACUGUAGAUGCUGUUCCUGCUUUGGUAGCCUGUAUAGCUGUCAAACAGUUUCUCACAAAAUUGAACUUAGCGGAGAAUGAAUUGAAAGAUGAGGGUGCUAUUUUGAUUGCCAAGGUGUUAGAAGAUGGGCAUGACCAGUUGAAUGAAGUUGAUCUAAGCACCAACUCAAUAAGGAGGGCCGGGGCCAGGUGCCUGGCUCAGUCUGUUGUAAGCAAACCAGGUUUGAAGUUGCUAAACAUUAAUGGUAACUUCAUAUCUGAUGAAGGGGUUGAUGAGGUGAAAAAGAUGUUUAAGAGUUCCCCUGAUGUGCUUGGUCCUAUGGAUGAGAAUGAUCCCGAAGGAGAAGACUACGAUGAAGAGGCUGAAGAGGAGAGUGCUGAUAAUGAGGAACAGUUGGAAUUCAAACUAAAGGGCCUUGAUAUCAAGCACGAUGCAUAG